AUGGUUGCUCUCGACAUCGUCCAUGCAUCAAAUGCUCGACUUCGCGAGCUAGGUCCUGGGCUUGUAGCUCUUUUUGUUGGUGGUACAAGUGGCAUUGGAGAGUUCACGCUCAAAGCCUUCGUCAAGCACGCAGACUCUCCCAGAGUUUACCUCAUCGGAAGAAGCGAAUCCGCCGCAGACCGAAUAAUCACGGAAUGCAAGGGACUGAACAAAGAUGGGAAGGUAGAUUUCAUAAAGGCAGACGUUUCGGAACUGGCAGAGGUGGAUCGAGCUUGCAAGAUCAUACAGGAGAAGGAGAAGAGUGUGAAUCUGUUAUUCCAAACACCAGGAAAUUCGAAUAUGAGAGGUCGAGAUGAGAGUCCGGAAGGUCUGGAUCGAAAGCAAGCUCUCAAUUUCUGGUCUCGAAUGCGGUUUAUCUCCAACCUCCUCCCUCAACUCAGAAACGCUAGCACCCUCCCACCACACUUCGCUCGAUCUGUCAGUCUGCUUGGCACGGGAAAUUCAUACGGAACUAUCGAUUUGAAAGACAUUGAGCUGAAGAAUUCCUUUUCCGCUUACAAGAAUGCCGCCCAUACCAUUAUCAUGAACGAUUUCAUGGCAGAGCAGUACGGCGCUCGUGAGCCAGGGAUCACUUUCAUACACACAGAGCCCGCUAUUGUAAACACAGGCUUCUCCCGCGAACUUCCGCUUUGGGCUCGUCUUGGCACGAAAAUCAUCACGCCGCUCAUCUAUCCAUUCAUGAAGAGUGCAGACGAGACAGGGGAACGGCAAUUGUUCCAUGCAACAAGCGGCAUGUACCCACCGGCUAAACCAGCAGCCAGUGCUUCUUCUGCCAGCGGUGUUUCAUUACCAACUGGAUCUGCCGUUAUGACUGGUGCCAAUGGUCAGGUCGGAAGUGGAGGGUAUCUUGUGACUUGGAAGGGGGAGAGGGCCAAGAAGGCGAGUCUUACUGGCCUCGAUCAAGAGGAAGUGUCCAAAACUAUCUGGGAGAAGACUGCAGAGGUCUUCCAAAGGGUUGAGAAGAUCAAUGAAGAGAGAGGCAAUACUUCAUCUUGA